AUGUUCAAGUCCAAUUUGGUCCGCGGAAUGGUCUUCACAACAGAAGAUGAAGUACUCUUGAAAGAAUAUUUGCUGAAAGCAAGCAAAAAGCAUUAUGGGCUUACGAGAAUGCAAGUUCGUUCACUGGCGUACGAGUUUGCAACAGCCUUAAAGAGGAAGUGCCCGGCGUCAUGGGAACAGAAGAAGGUAGCUGGAAGAGACUGGUUUAUGGGCUUUAUGAACCGCCAUCCCGAGCUAUCGCUUCGAUCGCCAGAAGCGACCAGUCUGGGUCGGGCAACAAGCUUCAAUAAGAACAACGUCGAUGCUUUCCUUUCAAACCUGAAAAGUGUCUACGACCGAUACAAGCUAACUCCGGACCGCAUCUACAAUUGUGAUGAAACGGGCUUCACAACUGCACACAACCCACCAAAGGUAGUAGCAGCACGUGGAGAAAAGCAAAUCGGUCAGGUUACAUCCGCAGAACGCGGCGAACUGGUGACUGUUUUGUGCACUGUCAAUGCCAUCGGAAACGCCCUGCCACCAGUGUUCAUUUUCCCACGCGUGAGGUUUAAAGAUUUUUUUCUGAAAGGCGCCCCGGCAGGAAGCCUCGGUUUGGCAAGCAAGUCGGGCUGGAUGUCGAGCGAACUGUUUUUGCUGGUGUUAGAGCACACUGUGAGACAUACGAAGUGCUCGAAGGAGGAGCCAAUUCUCUUGAUACUCGACAAUCAUGAAAGCCAUGUGAGCAUCAACACCAUCAACAAGGCCAAAGAGAGUGGAGUCAUCCUGCUGACCUUUCCCCCACACUGUAGCCACCGCCUGCAGCCACUUGAUGUGUCCGUGUACGAACCAUUUAAAUCUCGGUACAACGCUGCUUGCAAUGAUUGGCUCAUAAAUAACCCCGGGAAGACCAUCUCCAUCCACAAUGUUGCACAACUAGUUGGAUCCGCCUACGUAUUAACGGUGACACAAAAGAACAUAAUCUGGGGCUUUCAGAAAACUGGAAUUUGGCCUUUCAAUAGCGAGCCCUUCACUUCGGAUGACUACAUGAUGUCAUCACUCACUGACAGACCCUUAACGUCCGUAAGCGGAGAGCUGUCACGACAGACGGCCACCAUCACCGAGAAAACGGACAGCGCAAGCCGACUGGAAAGUGAUUUGAACUUUGAGACAAACGGCCAUGGAGCUAGCAACGUCUCUACAGAUGCCUUCCCACCUACUGUCGCCAACGCAGCCUCGACGUCAACUGCAUCUCCCAGCCGGAUUGUUCAGAGCGACCUAAGGCCCUACCCUAAGGCUGCACCGCGUAAGACAGGGCAAAAAGGAAGGAAGAAAGGUAGGACAAAAGUCCUUACGGAUACACCCGAGAAGCACGCGAUUGAACAAGAAGCUGCACAGAGGCUGGUACGACAGAGUCUGAAAAAAAGAGCGCUUAUCACAGCUAAGACUGUCGCCACUACCCGCCCAAAAAAGAAACGGCGACUUCAGAAAGAGUUCAGUUCUUCAAGGGAAGACGACACUGUUGCCAUUGCAUUUGAUGAUCCAGACAGUGACAUGUCGGGUUCCGAUAAUGAGAGGCGGGACAUUUCUGAGGCCGAUUGCCCAAACAAAACUUUUCAAGUGACAAAAGGCGAUUUUGUCCUUGUCAGAUUUGGUAAGAAAAAAUCUGACGUGUAUUACACGGGUAGAGUCGAAAGUAGUGACAAUACUGACGUCAGUGUCCAGUUCCUUCGAAAGAAAGAAGAGAGCUCAAAGUUUUACUUCCCUCCGCAGAAAGAUAUAGGGACUGUGCCAAUAACGGAUAUUGUGAAGAAGCUGCCAGCGCCAAAAACUAUUGGGGGAACGAAGCGCCUCCAAGCUUGCUUCAAGUUUGAUGUGGAACUAUCGGCUUUUAAUGUCCGCUGA